UCAGGAUAUCCCGUGCGCAGUCGACAGAGAAAAAUAAAGAAAAAUGUUCAAGCUUUCGUUCAUUGUGUCCAUCAUGAUCUUAGGCACCCUCAUCUGUGCCCAUUACCACAAUGUGAACUGCAACUCGUGCGGUGAUGAAUGCAAGCGAGCCUGCGGCACCAGACAGUUCAAGGUCUGCUGCUACAACUAUUUGAGGAAGAAGCGAGUUCCCGAUACCGUUAUGGUGGUGUCGCCAGUUGCCAGCAUUAGAAGUACUAAGCUUCCCUUCUUCAUGGACAACAUGCCACAAGACGCCGUGGAAGCUGUCGAUCAGUACAAAUACUACCCUAACGAUGACUCGUUCGACAUGCGACUUAUUAACGAUUUCUAAAUAAUUUUAAAAACUUAAAUAAUAAUGACAGCAAUUUCUAAAAGUAAAGGACAAUUGACGACUAACAAUAUAAUUUUAUAAAUGCUAGUUUAAGCGACUUACCGCAAAC